UUCUUGUCUCGGUUGGGAACUCCUUGUUCCCAAACGGAGUUUUAUUUUUGUUCUUGCUCUGUUUAGAUAAUUCAGCCCGGCUAUGCUGUUGCCCCACCCCCCCGCCCCCUUUUUUUUAAAGAGUGGCGCGCAAACUCGGGCACGCGCUGGAGGCGGUGGCAGGAAAGCGGCUAGACGGAGGCUGGUUUUGUUUACUGGUCCGAGUUAUGAACUUUCAGCAGCUGUGGAAUUCUCGUCCAUCCUUCCCCCCCUCCCUUAUUAACAAGGGGGAGGGAGAGAGAGAUGGAUAGGGAGUGGGGUAGAGACCGUAAAGCUGGUUUAAGGAAGAAGCACCUAGGUUAAAUCCCAAAGAUGCCACUUGGCGGGCGUGGGUUGAGCCUGGAGUUUUCUCAUUCCUUUGCACAAAGGCGGCUGGGUAGGGUGAAGUCAAGAACGCACCUCCAAAGAGCUCCAAUCCUAAAGCCCCUAAAGGGCCAAUAUUGUGUGGGAAGGAAAACAAAAAGAGGCGGAGCCGUAGUAAAUUCGGCGCACGUUUCCCAUUUCCUGGCAGCGAAUCCUGUCGGCCUGUGUGGCAAGUGCGAUUUCGCAACUUCCAACCCGGCACGUGACGCGGCUGCUGUGGUACCAGAUGACGUAACCCAACCCAACACCAACACCCCCUCCCGCCCGGGCGAGCUUCGUGAGCGUCUCGCAUAUCUCCUCGGCUCCUCCUGGGGUGAUAAGGAAGUCCCCCUGUUUGGCUUUGCGCCGGGGGUCGAGUGGGAGAAGCGAGAGAGAGAGAGAGACAGAGCGGUUUGCAGCGUUGAAAUAAAGCGGGCAAUCGCGCGACACAAACUUUUUUUUUUGCAGCCGCGAGACGGGUCGCUGAACUGCUGGAAGGGCGGGGGGGAGGGGGGCUGGCGGCGAGAGAGGGAGGAUAGCUACUGUUUCAACAAUGGUGACCUAAAUUUUGAUUGGCUGGCGCUGGCAGAGAGCAACUACGGUAAAUUCAAGUUCGCAGGGAAACAUGCCUCUUUCUGAGAGUAAAAUCCUUCAACCUUCCUGCAGCAGGAAACUAUGCAGAAAUCUCUUUGGACCGGUUGAUCAUGAACAGCUCCAGAAGGACUUUCAGUCCUUGAUGAAGGUCCAGCUGGAAGAAGCCCAGCAAAAGUGGAACUUUGACUUUGAAACAGAAACCCCACUGGAAGGGAAUUACAAAUGGGAAAAGGUCUCUCAUCUAAAUAUGCUGCCAUCUCCAGAUCUCUUGGAACACACAAAGGAAAACAGCUGUACAGGGGAAAAGAGCCGGAGUCCUCCAGCACUCUUCAAGAGGCACACAAAGACAGAAAGACCAGGGCAGGUGGGCCUUGAAGCUUGUAAGGCUGAUUCCCCCAGAUGUUUGAAAAGAAAGCAGACAAGUAUCAAAGACUUUUAUGGUUCAAAGCGACGAACUAGCCCAUAUAAGCCAAAGCCAUGAUAACAACACUGCAAGCAAAGUCCAUCCAUGUCAUUCUGUUGGCUGAAGAUUUUGACCUCUCUUUAUUAUUAUCAGCUGGAAUGAUCUACCUGGGUGUCACACCCAGUGAACUCAUGCAGGAUGGCUAUUUUGAAGGACCAGCUAAUCAGCAUUACAGUUCAUUCUCUGAAGAGCCAGAAAUCUCUUAUUUUAUGUAAACUGUUUUAGUGCACUAGUACAACACUUCAGAAUGAUUUUUUUAAAAAACAAAUCAUUGAUAGCACUGGAGCCUUAUGUGCAAUGAAUUAUUGUAAAAUCUUUAUGUAUGUUUGUUGAAGCAGGAGAGAUCAUAUCUAAAGCAAGUGUGUAGGGGGCCAGUGUUGAUGGAUACAAGAAAGGGCCAACCUAAGUUCUGCUAGCUGCAGAGGUCUGCUUUAUGUGUCAUUUCACUUGUCACCUUUUAUGGGCCUCAGGAAAAGCUUGAUAUGAUGACUCACUAUAUGCGGGUGCAGGUCUAGGAAUCAAUAGAAUAGUAUAGGACAAUAUCUUAGACGUUGAUUUUCCUACAUCUUUUUACUCUAUUGUGUUUAAAGAAAUAUUGUGAGGGAGGGGGAGAAUGGAUUGGGGGUUUUUUCAGGCUGGUAAGGGAUUUUCUUAAAAGAUGAAGAAUUUAUGGUUAUGGUGGGAACAAGUGUGCAUUAAACUGUAACACUGCUGUGAAGAGGGUAGGGUUGUAAAUAUGUAAAUAUUGUAGCCUUUACCAGUUAUUUUUCUGGGUAAUUUAUAUGUCCUUUUAUUAUAUAACUACAGGAAUAUGAUAUAAUUGUCUCCCAAUAACACAAAAAACAGAAGAUGCAACACAUAAUAUUUGUGGGAGGUAUAAUCAUAAAAUAUGAUACUUCACUACUGUCUUGCUUCUUCCAUACAGUAUAUUCUAUACCAACUUAAUUAGCUAUUGAAUCAUCUUUAAUGCAGUUCAUUCAUUUUGUAAUUAUGUAGCACUGUAGUGAUUAGUGAAGAAAAAUAGGGUGUGCCAGCAAGGGUUGAUGUACUAUAAUCUUUGAUUUUCUAUUGCCUUAUUUCACUGGUAUAGCAACUUAGUGAUAGAAGCUGAUAUAAGGACUCAGCCCAGACCUGCUUUCUCUAAUUCCUACAGCUGCCUGUGUUUUCCAAGUGACUUCAAAUAAGAGGCAUUGCCAAACUGGCAAUUAUAUCACUUAAAUUAAUAUGAGAUAAUCUAAUUUACAGAUCACUUUUACUUGGAAUUUGGGGUUAUUAUGAAUACUUGCUGCUGCACUUUCCUAUCAAAUAAUCAUGGGUACAGUGUGCUAUUCUAAUCAAAAGUUCAGGCCUUAUUAUAAUCAAAACUUUGGAACCCAUUUUAAGGGCAAAUUUGCUUACCUACACAAUGGCUUUAUUGCUGUCUUUUUGUAAUAAAUUAGGGACAAGGGUCCCUUAUCAGAAUUUUGUCACUAUAGGGUAACGUGGUGUUUGUAGGAAAUUGCUUCUUUUAACAGGUCAUCUGCAGCUUGCAAACAUUCAGUUCUAACCAUGAAAGAGAAGCUUGCUUGCUUGAGUUUGGAGAUUCAUGUUGGUUCAUGCCAUCUGCACAAGGGCCAACCUAUCAAAAAACAGCUUCAGGCACUUUUUAUAUAAUACAUUUCCUUAGGGUCGUCUGAAGUUUUUGGUUAGAAUUUCUCUAGACACUUUGACAGUUGCACUUUUACAUUCAGGAUAAUGCUGGGAUUCUUGAGCAUUAAUCCAGUUGUGAAUAUUAUGCUGCUGAACUAAGUCUUGGAGUAAAAUAAAGGCACUUCAUAAUGGAACAGCA